CUGUCACACGCGCAGCAUCACAACACCAGGCGCGGCGUCAUGGCUAAACCUGCGAAUGAAGCUCUGAUGGAAGCUGUUAACAACGGCUGCCUCCGAGGCGUCAAAGCAGCUUUGAAAGCAGGUGCCGACGUUGACUACGCCCAACGCCGGCCGGACAACGACUUGACCGGCAGCUGCAGUUCGACAGCUCUGUUCCACGCCUGCAUAGACGGACAUACAGACAUCGUGAGGCUGCUCAUCCGCAAGGGGGCGUCUGUAUCGAAGAGAGUCGAGGCUACAAUUCAGGCUAGUCCCCUCCAUGGAGCAGCGAGCCGAGGACACACAGAAGUGGUGGAGUUGCUGGUGCGUCACGGUGCAACGUUAGACAUGCAGGACGGCAUGCAGGCGACGCCCAUCAUGGCGGCAUGUAUGUACAAACGGGUGGACACGGUUCGACGACUGAUCGAGCUCGGAGCAAGGGUUGAUCUGACCACCAUUUUUGGUAACACAGCGCAGUGGUUCUGCGAGUUCGACUUUGUCAACCAAAACUGCGACUUUUCACGUAAAGAACUGGUGGGGCUGGUACAAGAGGCACUGCAGACCAAGCUGCUGAGAUGCUGCAACCCUUCGUGUGGCAAACCGGGAUACAGGUCCAACCUGAAGCUGUGUGCCCAGUGUAAGUUGACCCGGUACUGCAGCCGAGACUGUCAGAAACAACACUGGACUGUCGGACACAAGAAGAGCUGUGGGCAUGACACGUGCAUUGUCGAUGGACCUGUCAUCGAAGCAUUGUUGGCCCCAUUGUUCAAGUUGGCAGGAAAACUAGAGUAGAUGCGGAACGUGUAUAAGUUAUAACCAACGAUUUUAAACCUCCCUGAUAUCUACUGACUUUACAUCUUUAACUGCGGUAUGAAAUGCUUUAUCAUUUUUUCGGACUAUGGAAGUAUUGUUUUGGGUGCCAAGGAAAGACGUUGCUGCAAUGCGGCUAUGUAUGAUAAAAUACAUGUACUAGUAACAAGCGACGUCGCAAAACACAUGCAUUAGCUGUAUCUCACUCAUAUCCAAGCUCAUAUUUCACUAGAAUAUAAUCCUGAUACCUUUGUAUGUAGUAAUGUUGUGUCACGUUUUGUUGUUUUUUUAACGCACAUAUAUUCUGUCCAAAAUACUUACAGUUUUGUACAGCUUUGCUUCUUCCCUCUUGUACAAUGUAAACAAGUAUUUAUAUAAGAUAAGUUAUACGUC